AUGAGUGUUCAUAUAAAUAAAACUGUUCUUAUCACCGGAGCUUCUGGCGUACUAGGUCGACAAGUAGCAAAUCGAUUUACGAACGCUGGAUGGAAUGUCACAGGACUUGCUUAUAGCCGAGCAAAUAAAAAUCAUUUAGUACGUUGCGAUCUAACUAACUUCGAUGAAACUGAUGCUAUUAUUCGAGAUGUAAAGCCAGAUGCCAUUGUUCAUUGUGCUGCUGAACGUAAACCUGAUGAAUAUGAAAAGAAUGCAGAAAAAGCAAUGUUUCUCAACGUUGACGUUACUCGUCAUCUAGCUGAAUUAGCUGCUAGAGAAAAUAUAUUCUUUAUUCUUAUUUCAACUGAUUAUGUUUUUGACGGGAAAAAACCACCCUAUAAAGAAGAUGACACUCCGAAUCCACUUCAAGCUUAUGGUAAAAGUAAAUACGAAGCAGAAUUAGUAACACAGAAAAUAUCCCAAAAUCAUGUUAUACUUCGAGUACCAUUACUCUAUGGUGAAGUUGAAAAUUUAGAAGAAAAUGCAGUGACUAUUCUAUUCAAAAAUAUUAAAAAUCCGACCGCUCGAGUCAAAAUGGAUGAUGUUCAAACACGGUAUCCAACUUAUAUUGGAGAUGUAGCUGAAGUUUGUUUGCAAUUAUGUGAACUACGAAUUAAACAAAAUCGAAAUGACGUUCGUGGUAUAUUUCAUUUUUCUGGCAUAGCAAAAUAUACAAAGUAUCAAUUGGCUUUAGUAAUUGCUUCACUCUUUCAAUUGCCUAUUGAUCAUAUUGAACGUGAUCAAGGAACAGGAACAAAUACAAAUGUACAACGACCUGAAAACGCAGCUUUAGAUAGUAGUAAAUUAUCGGACCAACUUGGCAUUAACAUCAAUCGAGCGAACUUCGAAACAACGAUUAAACGUUGUCUUGAAUCAUUUAUUUAG